GAAAAAUCUAGAUGUGGAUCUGCCUCUGGUGAUGUGACUACCAUCCUUGUACACGCGGUUUGGAACGUUUUCCCACAAUUACCUAUUUGUUGGACAAGGAGAAGCUUCGUUAUGAAUCUUAACUGUAGUGAUGCAUCAACUUUGAAAAAACUCCUGACGCAAAUCCUCCAGCAGCUGGAGCAGGCCAAUAGCACGAGUCCUCCUGCAAGUGAAGAUCGUGAAAAUGAUGAUGCAUACUUGUAUAUCCUGCUAAUAAUGAUCUUCUAUGGCUGCCUGGCAGGGGGGCUUAUACUAGCGUAUACCAGAUCCAGAAAGCAGGAGUCCAAAAAUGACCCCUACCACCUGUAUAUAGAGAGGGAAUGGGGGAAACAUGGAAAACACGGUCUUCCUGCGGAGGAGAACCUUCACAGGGGGAGUAUCGAAAGUGAAAAUUUGCUUUGA